AUGAAAGCCGCAGGCUUCUCGUCGCCGCCCUCGCUCGCAAGACGGACGAUUCUGCUCGACUCGGCAUCCUCAAGCAUCAACCUGCGGGUACGGAGGAGUCUGACGUACCUCGGCGGUUUGCUCGGACUGGCCCUCCACUCGAAUCUCCGGGCAUUUCCCCCCUCGGACGGCGUCAAACCUGGGCAGACUUUCGGCCGUGACUAUGGGCGAGGCAUUACUAUGGCGGCGGCUGGUGACAGGAUCUGUUCCGCCUACCAGGGGGCACAGGGGAGGGGGCAACUGAACAUCCGUGAUGAGUAUGGCCGGAAACAACGAAGACGUGGAAUCGCGGCUCGGUUCCAGGCCGAGAAUCGGAUCUCAAUUGUACUGCUGCUAGCGGUUCUCAUGUUCAGCACCACGGCGAGCGGCCUGCUGCUUCUCAUCCUGCUGUUCCGCCUGAUGGCGGACGCCAUCUGCCAGGUGCGCUAUGGCAAGGCCAUGGACGAGCCCAUUGAGGAGCGUCUGUGCAAGGCUUAG